AAGGUAAUUAAUCUCUACGCUUCUCUCUCUGCAAUUACUCCUUGAGAGCAUCUCUCUCUAGAAUAUCGAGUAUUGCUGACUUGAGCGUUGGAGUGUUUUCCCCGAGGAAACAUCCUCGGGAUUUUCAGGUGUGGAAGUAGCUAAGGACUCCAACAGUGUUGGACUGCGAAGCUGCCCAAACAUUUGGCGCCGUCUGUGGGAAACCGAACAAGAAGCUGCGUAGUUUAACCUGCAGAAAGACAAAAUGGUCCGUACCUUUAUUGGAAGUCGCCCUCCAAGAAAUGAAAUGGACGAACAGGAGGAUACUCAACUGUCUGAGCCCGGCUUGAAUGAUUUUAGGCCAAUGCCGAGAAACCUUUUUCCCGAGCAUUUCCAAAUUCCAACAGGAACAAGGCAAAGAUAUCUUAGGCCAAGCAAUCUACAACAAGAACGACCUGAAAGGUCGAUAGAGCCUGCUCGAACAACCGAACUCGAAGAGAGAACCAGAGUUCUCGAAAUGGCAAUGGGUAGAAUCCUUGCCCUUCUGAUUCCUGAUAACCCCCUGAUUCCUUUGUUGAACAGGGAUGCACAGCCAGCUACGGUUGUUGCAACUCGAAACUCCCCCGCUCUGAGCAACAUAGUAGUGCAGACCAAGCCAAGGGGAAGUGGGAAACUAAAUAACGAGCCCAGCUCGUCCAAGCAUAGUGAAGAACUGAUGAGAAAGAAUGCAGACCUUGAAAGGCAGCUACGGGACGUACAGAAAUCCAUUGACGAGCUGAAAAGUCCUAGGUCGCACAAACAGACCCUUGAUCUGGAUAGUGCCCCACUAAACUUAUCCAUCACAACGGAACUGUACCAAGAGGGAUUCAAAAUCCCCCACCUAGAAACAUAUGAUGGCUCGGCGACACUAAAGUCAACGGCCAGAAGAUGGUAUCAUAAACUCCCCAGACACUCUAUAGACUCAUACUCCCAGCUCGCCAAGCUCUUCUCCAACAAAUUUGUGAGUCAAAGGGAGAUCAAACGUACAGCGACCGAGCUGAUGCAAGUUCAUCAGAAAGAGGGGGAAUCUCUAAGGGACUACAUGCAACAAUUCAACAAGGCAACUUUAGACAUUGAUAACGUCCUUGAUACCAUUUGCUUGUCUGCUCUGCUGCAUGGUUUGAAACCCGGUCGGUUCCUAGACGACCUAUUAGAAAACCCACCGAAGACGUGGAACGAAGUAAAUGACAGGUCGGCUAGCUUCAUACUGUCAGAAGACUUCCAGUCGUCCAAGCGACGAGCUGAUGAUAAGCAGGGCAAAAGCCAUGAACAACCACUGAGGAGAGAACAAAAGAAAAAGCAGAAAGUCAACGAGCAAUGGGGGAAGCCCGUUGACUUUCUGAGGUAUGCCAACUACAUCUCGUUAACCUUGCCAAGGACUCAAAUCCUGGCACAAAUCCAGCACUGGAUUAGAAGACCCCCACCCCCACUACAUGAUUCCCCAAGAGCAGACAAGAGUAAUUGUGACUACCACUGUACUUAUGGUCACAACACAGAAGACUGCCAACACUUGAAGGAUGAGCUGGAGUUCUUAGCUCGGAAUGGGAAAUUGGAAGGAUAUGUGCAGAAGCCUUAUACCCAGCAACCAUCUCAAACUCACUUUGUGCAAGGAUAUGACCGACCUCAGGGGCAGAGGUAUCAGCUCGGUGGCACACAGGAUGUGUAUCAGGACAGUCAAUAUCCUUCUGAGCAGGGCAGAGCGUACAGGGGACAUCCUUUUGUGGCAAUGGUUCAUAUAGGCAAUCAUAACGUCAACAAGGUGUUUAUCGAUACUGGUAGCUCGCCAGAUAUCUUAUAUUGGAGCUGUUUUCAAAAGAUGCAACUGAAUCCGAGCUCGCUACAGAAGUAUGAAGGGCCCAUAUAUGGGUUUGAUAACCAGCACGUCCCGGUUCAGGGAGUAAUUACUCUUCCCAUAUAUGUGGGCUUAGAACCGCGCUUUAGGAUGGCUUCUGUUAACUUUCUAGUUGUUAAGAUGGAAUCAGCUUUUAAUGCCAUAUUAGGAAGAGCUACUUUGUGCGAACUGAAAGCUGUUAUCUCACAACCCCAUCUCUACAUGAAAUUCCCAACUCCUCAGAGGGUAGGAGUGCUAAAGGGGAAUCAAAAGAUGGCCAGAGCCUGCUAUCAAGAUACAUUUAAGAAGGUUGAGCUUGCUGUAGCCCCGGGAGGCCCUUCUGGAGAAGCAGAGCUAGUAGAGCCAGUAGAAACAGUCCCCUUAAACCCUGAUGUGCGGGAAAGAACAGUCAAGAUCGGCACCAAGCUCACAGAAGAAGAACGAGCAGAGCUUCUGGAGUUUUUGAGGGUUAAUCAAGACGUGUUUGCGUGGACUACGGACGAAAUGCCUCGCAUCCCAGUAGAGUUGACAUUCCACAAGCUCAGCACAGACCCAACCAAAAGGCCGGUAAUGCAGAAACGUCGCCUUUUUGGUCCUGAGAAGCAGGCUGCUAUAGAUGAAGAGAUACAAAAGUUGCUACAAGCAGGCUUCAUCAGGAGAGUUGAAUACUCUGAGUGGGUGUCUAACCCUGCGCUAGUUAAAAAACCGAAUGGCAAGUGGAGGAUGUGUAUCGAUUUCACCAACUUAAAUGAGGCGUGCCCAAAAGACCCUCAUCCCUUGCCAAAUGUCGAGAAGCUAGUAGAGCGGGCAGCCGGACACGAACGGAUGAGCUUUCUUGAUGCCAGCUCGGGUUAUCACCAAGUUCAGUUACUGCUAGACAACCAGGAGAAAAUAGCUUUUUAUGCUGGUGACGCAAUCUACUGCUAUGUCAUGAUGCCGUUUGGCCUGAAAAAUGCUGGCGCAACAUAUCAGAAGCUGGUGCAAAUCAUCUUUAAGCUCCAGAUCGGCAGGAACAUAGAAGUAUAUGUGGACGACAUGAUAGUCACAAGCGUGCAAGCUGAGGAUCAUAUAGACAACCUGAAUGAGACUUUUCAGAACUUGCGCCGAGCCCAAAUGAAGCUGAACCCCCUGAAGUGCACAUUUGCUGUAGAAUCAGGAAAAUUCCUAGGGUACGUGGUAUCCAAGAAAGGAAUUGAAGUAAACCCAGAGAAGGUUCAGGCCGUUCAGCAGAUGGAGCCACCCAGGACUGUAAAAGAUGUGCAGCGUCUGACGGGUCGUGUUGCUGCGCUGCAUAGCACCCCUGUUGUCCAAGCUUGUGGAAGGGAGAGUUUGUACCUGUAUCUGGGGGUUAUGGAGGAGGCGGUGAGCUCGGUCCUACUCAGGGAAGAGAAUAAGAAUCAGAAACCUAUUUGCUAUGUGAGCAAGGUUUUACAAGGCGCCGAGCAGAACUACCCACUGGCAGAAAAGGCUGCUUUUGCCCUGCUGCGCACAACCAUAAAGGGCCAAGCUGUGGCAGAUUUCCUGGUAGAAUGCAUCUCAGCGACUGUGGAAGAAAAGGCACCCGAACACCCAGUCUGGGUCUUGUAUGUUGAUGGAGCUGCUAACGUUGAAGGAUCGGGUGCUGGGGCCGUGUUAGUGGGCCUAGAUGGCUUUAAAUCCGAACAUGCACUGAGGUUCAAGUUUCAGACAACUAAUAAUGCUGCAGAAUACAAAGCCCAAAUUUACGGAUUGAAAUUGGAGUCCGAGCUGAAGGUACAGAGCAUUCAAGUUUUUAGCGACUCUCAGCUCGUUGUACGGCAGGUGAAUGGCAACUGUGAAAUUAGGGAUCCCCAGCUUGGUUGUUAUGCUUCUGUGGUCAACAGAUUGAAGUCAGGAUUUGUCUCUUUCCAAAUCGACAAAAUACCAAGAGCAGAUAACCACCGAGCUGACGAGCUGUCAAAGUUGGCCUCCUCGCAGGACCUUAACCCUCAGAGAUCAACAAUUAUUGAAGUGCUCGAUGCCCCGAGCUACACUGAUUUCAUAGUCGAGUGUCAGCUGUUAAGCACAGAUCCCUCUUCACCGAGCUGGACUACCCCACUCAUAGAGUAUCUGCGAAGUGGUGAACUGCCUAAAGAUCACUCCGCAGCAAAGUUGAUUAAACGUAGGGCGGCACAUUUCACUUUGUUAUAUAAUCAGCUUUACAAACGAGCAGCCUCAAUGCCCCUUUUACGCUGCCUUACUCCUUAUGAAACUGAAUAUGCUGUGAGAGAAGUUCACGAAGGAGUAUGUGGCACACACAUAGGUGGCAGAACUUUAGCUCGGAAACUCCUGAGGCAUGGUUAUUACUGGCCUACUAUGGUUGAGGACGCACAGAAUUAUGUCAAAAAGUACCCGACCUGCCAGUUCAACGCUGAUGAUAUUCACAUGCCAGGAGAAAUGCUCUCAUCGCUCUCAUCACUCUCAUCUUCCUGGCCUUUUGCUCAAUGGGGAGUCGACCUACUCGGCCCUUUUGUGAAAGGCAAAAGAGGUUGCAUUUACCUCAUGGUCGCGGUGGAUUACUUCACCAAAUGGAUAGAAGCUAAACCAUUGUCCACGACAACAGAAAAGAAAAUAGAAGAAUUCUUGUUCAAUUCAAUAUUGUGCAGGUUCGGUAUUCCUAAGAGGAUCAUCGCAGACAAUGGUUCGCAGUUCCGAGCCGCGGCACUGAGGUCGUUCUGUAACGACUAUGGCAUCGAGCUUGCCUUGACAUCUGUGUAUACUCCACAAUCUAAUGGCUUGGCCACAGGCGAAACUCCAUUCAGCCUUGCCUAUGGAGUUGAGGCCAUCAUCCCUGUAGAGAUCGGAUUGCCAUCUGACAGAGCAGAUCGGCACAACGACGAUCACAAUGAGCAACUCUUAAGAGAGAACCUAGACGUUGUGGAAGAGAUCAGGGAGAUCUCUUGAAUAAGGAACAUAGCGCAUCAAAGUUGUGUUGCAAAAUUUUAUAAUAAAAGAGUUCGAGCUCG